AUGGCUCGUGGUCGCCCUUCGACUCGGGGCGCUCCCGAAGCCUCGUCGACGACAGAUGUCUCUCGAGAGCCAUCUGUUGCAUCUGGCCGAAUGACUCGUUCAGCUGUAACAAAAAGUCAAGUUACCUCAUCUGCAUCGACCCCAGCUCCAAGCACAGAAGUCCAGGUGGCAUCUGGGCCACGACCAAGAGGCCGUCCAAGAAAGAGUGUCGCUUCUGUUGAUGAAUCGCCUGCUGCAAAGUCACCCGCUCCUGGCGCUGUCCCUGCUAGACAACGUGGACGUCCUCGUAAGGCUCUUGUCGCCGAAAGUGAGUCUGGAUCUUCAGUGCCCACCCCUAAGGAUCUCGACUCAGAGAGUGAUUAUUCAACUCCGGCCUCGAGCAAAGUACCCACCCCAGCGGCAGGCGGCAAUGUCAAGAUUGAAGUUGUUGUUCCUGGCCCUUCUACUUCUGCUUCACUUGCUACUGAUCGCGAAUGGGAGCUGCGCAACAGUGCUUAUUCGAUGACAAGGGGCAAGGGCAAAUCAAGAAUGAUUGCAGAUUCCGAGGAUGACGAUGAUGAUCUUCUCGACAAUUCCCGGGACGCCCAGGUGGCCCGUCGUCUUCAGAAUGAAGAGCUCAAACAACUACCGACCAUACCAACUCGCCCCAUCCGUCGAAGUGUCAGAUCGUCUUUGUCUACUGCCACUCCAGCCCAAACCUCAGUGAAGCGAGAACGGGCGUUGACUGAUACAACCGCCAAAAGAGGACGUCCACAAAAGAAGCAGAGAGUUAUCCCUGAUUCCGACGAUCAAGACAUCGACAUGGAUGCUGAAAUCGCUGCUGCAGCGGCGCUAGAUUCGGAAGAGCUCUCGUCACUGAGCUCACAUGCGGACGAGGAAUUUUCGGAUGAUGAUGGCAGUGAGGGAGACGGAGAUGAGUAUGCCUCCAGUGACGAUGAGCCGCUCAGAUCUCGAAAGUCAAGGGGAAAACUCCCUGCACGCGCCAUCGCGAGCACAGCAUCUCUCGGAAAUGGUAUUGCCACUACAGUUCCGCCCUCUGAUAUGACAACUGCGUUGCAUAACGGCCCCUCAGGCGACGAACUUGAUGCUUUGGAAAACGCGUUGGGGGUUGUCGGAUCAUCUGACUAUGACAACAUCACAUCUGCCAUUGACACCGGUACUAGCGAUACUGACGGAGAUGCUGCCAGAACCAAUGUUGCUGCUAUCUCUCGAAGCCGACGAGGUUUCAACUCCCUCACGGGUCGAAGCAAGCGCCAUAUUAGGGAACGAGAGCGUUUGGAAAAGAACCAUCCUGAGAUUAAAACGAUGUGGCAAGACUUGGAGGAUAGGCCUGUUCUCAAGGCCGGAAAAGCCGCCCAGCCUCAAAACAUCUCACGUCAACUCAAGCCGUUUCAGCUUGAAGGUCUAGCUUGGAUGACGGAGAUGGAAAGGGGAGAGUGGAAGGGUGGAUUGCUCGGCGAUGAGAUGGGUCUGGGCAAGACCAUUCAGGCUGUAUCUCUGAUAAUGUCAGAUUACCCUGCAAAGCUCCCAUCGCUGGUGCUCGUGCCCCCUGUUGCUUUAAUGCAAUGGCAAUCGGAGAUCAAGUCGUAUACUGACGGUACCUUGAAGACAUUCGUUUACCAUGGGACGAACCAAAAGACCAAAGGAAUAACCGUCAGUCAGCUCAAGAAAUUCGACGUGAUCAUGAUGUCGUACAACAGUCUCGAGUCCAUCUACCGCAAGCAAGAGAAAGGCUUCAAGCGCAAGGAUGGGAUUUACAAGGAGAAGAGUGUCAUUCACGCCAUCAACUUUCACCGAGUCAUUCUGGAUGAGGCACACUGCAUCAAAACGCGAACCACCAUGACUGCCAAAGCAUGCUUUGCUCUCAAGACCACCUUCCGAUGGUGCUUGACUGGCACACCUCUCCAGAACCGAAUUGGCGAGUUCUUCUCUCUCGUUCGCUUCCUGAACAUCGCUCCCUUUGCGUCUUAUCUGUGCAAGAUGUGUCCUUGCUCGACGCUUGAGUGGUCUAUGGAUGAACACAGCCGCUGCUCUGGCUGCAAACACGCAGGUAUGCAGCAUGUUUCGGUUUUCAACCAAGAACUUUUGAACCCCAUUCAGAAGUACGGAAACCGUGGGCCUGGAAAAACGGCUCUUGGGCGCCUACGGUUGAUGACGGAUCGCAUCAUGCUGCGUCGACUGAAGAAGGAUCACACCAACUCUAUGGAGCUACCUGUCAAGGAAAUCUAUGUUGAUCGUCAGUUUUUCGGCGAGGUUGAAAAUGAUUUUGCCAACAGUAUCAUGACUAAUGGUCAGCGCAAGUUUGAUACCUACGUCGCACAGGGUGUUCUCCUCAACAACUAUGCCAAUAUCUUUGGUCUCAUCAUGCAGAUGCGACAAGUUGCUGAUCAUCCCGACCUUCUCUUGAAGAAGAAUGCCGAGGGAGGACAGAAUAUCCUUGUCUGCUGCAUUUGUGAUGAGCCGGCAGAGGAUACGGUACGCAGUAGGUGCAAACACGACUUUUGCCGGGCCUGUGUUGGUAGCUACGUCCGCUCGACUGAUGAGCCUGACUGCCCUCGCUGCCAUAUCCCCCUAUCGAUCGACCUUGAACAGCCGGAAAUUGAACAGGACGAGAAUCUUGUCAAGAAGAACUCGAUCAUCAACCGAAUCAAGAUGGAGAACUGGACCUCUUCAUCCAAGAUUGAACUUCUUGUUCAUGAGCUACACAAGCUCCGUUCUGACAAUGCCUCGCACAAGUCAAUCAUCUUCUCCCAGUUCACCACCAUGUUGCAGCUCAUCGAGUGGCGCCUGCGCCGAGCUGGUAUCACUACAGUAAUGCUUGACGGCAGCAUGACUCCUGCUCAGCGACAGGCUUCUAUUGAGCAUUUCAUGAACAACGUGGAUGUUGAGUGCUUCCUCGUUUCACUCAAGGCCGGUGGUGUGGCGCUGAAUCUGACCGAAGCCUCUCGAGUCUUCAUUGUUGAUCCGUGGUGGAACCCGGCUGCAGAAUGGCAGUCUGCCGAUCGAUGCCAUCGCAUUGGCCAGACUCGACCUUGCACCAUUACCCGUCUCUGCAUUGAAGAUUCGGUUGAAAGUCGAAUGGUGCUGAUCCAAGAGAAGAAGACCAACAUGAUCCAUUCUACUGUCAACGCUGACGACAAGGCUAUGGAAUCGCUUACCCCAGCGGAUAUGCAGUUCCUUUUCCGUGGUUCUUAA